AUUCUAAUUUUUUUUCAGAUUCUUUAGCAGCGCCAGCUCUACAAAAAACCACAAUAAUGCACUGCAUCAAUCGUUAACUGCAUAAAUUUUCAAAAAAUAAAAUCAAAAUAAAAAAGUCUGAUUUAAAAGUAAUAAAUUUAAAUUAAAAAAGGCACACACACACACACACUAAGCAAAAAAAAAAUGCUGCAACAUACCGCCACAGAUUUCUAUGACUUGGCCGCCGCCAACGCUGCUGUGCUGAGUGCGCGUCAAACGCCACCCUAUAGUCCGACGGGUUUAAUCGGCACAGCCGGACCGGGUCUCAGCAAUAAUAACAACAACAGUACAAGCAAUAAUAAUUUGGAUAUGUUGGGGCAUAAUGGCAGCCUUAUUGGUUCAGGCGGUGGAAUUGGUGGUAGCAUUGGACAUAUCGGCAAUGGCAAUGGCGGUAGCAAUGGACGUGAAACUUUGCCCAGUUUUGGAUUCACGCAAGAGCAGGUGGCUUGUGUUUGUGAGGUCCUUCAACAGGCUGGCAACAUCGAAAGACUGGGGCGAUUUCUUUGGUCCCUGCCGCAAUGUGAUAAACUGCAAUUGAACGAGUCUGUGCUGAAAGCAAAGGCCGUUGUUGCAUUCCAUCGUGGACAAUAUAAGGAAUUAUAUCGUCUACUCGAGCAUCAUCAAUUCUCACCACAUAAUCAUGCGAAAUUGCAAGCGCUGUGGUUGAAAG